AUGAGGGCUACAGGUUGGAGAGCCCGAGGGAGGCGCCGUCACCUGGGUCACUUGUAUGGUUUUAUUUGUUUCGGCUGCGCUGCCCUCUUGCUUUUUUGCCUUUUCAAAGAAAAUGUGUACGUGUCCGGACUUUUGGCUGAAGUUUCUGGGGCUCCCCAGCCUCAUACAUUUCUCAGAGGGGUCUUCGAGCCCUUUACGGGUUUUGGGAUGAACAACACUGAGAAAGAGAAUGAGCAUAGAGCUAGUGAGAGUGCACCCCCUCAAAAUCAGUCUGAGGACGCUCCAAAUGGGGGAAAGCAGGAUUCAUUUACUUUACGUAAGGCCGCCUUACGUGCACCAGGGGGCUCAUCGAAGCAAAAGCUGCCCCUAGGGACCAUUUGGCCUACAGAAGAGAAAGAGGAACUCGAGGAAGAGUUUCUUUUCUUCGCAACUCGCGCACUUCAAGAGCGACCCUCACGCCGCCCACGCGGAGCUUCCGCUACCAGAACUACAACGACUGCAGAGGGACAGACAACAACAGCAGAGGGACAGGCAACAACAGCAGAGGGGCAGACAACAACAGCAGAGGGGCAGGCAACAACAGCAGAAGGGCAAACAACGACAGCAGAAGGGCAAACAACGACACGCAGCAGAGGCCGGCCUACUACGCGGACAACAGGAAGAGCGACGACGACAACGACGAAGACAACGACGAAGACAACGACGAAGACAACGACGGAAACGACGACGAAGACGACGACAAAGACUACCACGUCAACCACCACACUUCCUCCUCUUCAAGGCUGGAAGGAAGUAGAGGAGAGCCCCUUAGAAGCACUAAAGAACGAACCCGACCUCUCAAUCCUCAGCAAGGCUCUUGAGUCAAACCCCCUCACUCAGGGAGAUUCACUCAUCACCCGAUUAGCGAUCACUUUAUUUGCUCCAACGGAUGACGUGCUGUCGCAGUUGGCCGUCAAAAUGGACGAACUUGCUGAGAUGGUGAUGGCUGCUCACACUUAG